AAAAAUAAAGUUAAUAUGAAUAUAAAAUUAUUUAUUAUAUUUCAGCUUUUAGAUACAGAACAAAGAAGCAUACAACUUGAAUCCGACAUUUCUAUCCUUUCAAAACUUGCAGUAGAAGCCGGUGGUUUUCUGGAUUCUGCACAAAAUGAUUUGCAAAAUAUCUCUGAUGAACUUGCACAACUUUAUCAUCAUGUUUGUACAGUUAACGGAGAAAUUCCUUCAAGGGUAGUCCUCGAUCAUGAAAAGAUUGUUCCCGAAAAGGAGGAAGAAAAUGGAAAAAUAGAAUGGUGUCGGACUUUAUUUAAAACCGACAUCCAAAUUAAAGAUUUAGAAAGUUUGAGUAAAGCAAAAGAAAUUGCGAAACAUAUAGAAACCGCGAUAGAUCAAAUAAAACAUCUUCGAAGUGCUGUAGAGCAUACAAUUGAACUUUCUAAAGUUAAAGGAAUGCAAUCGAAUGUCUGCAACGUUUGUGAAGGAUCAGUAAAUGAAAAUAAGGUGGAAGUAGCAGAUUUGCAAGAACAAGUAAUUAGAUUGAAAGCCUUGCUCUCAGCUAAACGCGAGCAAAUUGCAACUUUAAGAACAGUGCUUAAAUCGAAUAAAAAUACUGCGGAAGUAGCACUUACAAACUUGAAGAGCAAAUAUGAAAACGAAAAAAGCAUUGUUAAUGAAACUAUGUUAAAAUUAAGAAAUGAACUUAGGAUGUUAAAAGAAAAUGCUGCAACAUUUUCAAGUUUACGUGCGAUGUUUGCUGCACGUUGUGAAGAAUACGUAACACAAGUUGAUGAGCUGCAACGUCAAUUAGCCGCAGCAGAAGAUGAUAGAAAAACAUUAAACUCAUUAUUAAGAUUAGCGGUACAACAAAAACUUGUUUUAACUAUGAAAUUGGAAGAGCUAGAGGUCGAUAGAGAAUUACGAAAUACUCGAAGACAUGCUACUAGUACAAGUGGCCGAGGUAGAAUGCGAAUGUCGCAACAGACAAACCGUCCUCAUUUAGGCAGAGAAUUUUUCUAGAAAAUGAUGAAGAUGUGGAGCAAAUUAUUCUGAGAAAAACCAGAAUUUUAAAUAUUUUAAUCUAUUACUAUUCAUUAUUGAAUUAUAUUGCUACAAAAAAUUAAUUAUAUCUUUUGAAAAUGCUUUUUAUAAGAAUGACAAAAAUGCUUUAGCAUUAUAUUUUCAUCCGUUAAUUUGUUAUCAACAAAAAAUAAACUCAUGAUAUAAUAUGUUUUUAUAUUAUAUCAUGAGUUAUUUUUUCACAAUUUGACUUUAUUUGAUAAAGUUGAAAGCUGAAGUUGAUGAAAAAUUAUUCUCGUUAUGAAGAACAAUUUUUAUAAAUGUGCGUUACAAAUGACAAAAAGCAGAACAUUUGAAAAAUUCUGAAAUGUUCAUAUGUUCUUAUAUCGAUAUUGCUCCAUAUCGUAGAAAUUCAUAGAAAACUCUGCCUUCUGUUACCAAUAUUGUUAGUAAAGAUGUCUAACAAACAUAGAAUGUGUUUUUGUUAUGCAAAAUUUUUAUUUCAUGCGACAUUGUUGCAAAGUUGCUAAAAUUUUCUAUGUUUGAAGAUUUAUUCACAAAGAAUCUAUCAAAGAUUCUCAUAUAGCACGCUUAUUGAUAUUUAAUAAAAUUGAUUUUUAUAAUCGAUUAUUUUCUUUUAUAAGAAAAUAUAUCUGAAUUGUAAAUGUGUUUAUUUUUACAUUUUAUAACAAUCGUAUAUUUUCCUUUUGUAGCUAGAUUUAUUUUCGGUAUGAUUGAGUAUUAUUAUUAUAUCGUAAAUAAUUUCGCAUGAAUAAUUUAUAUAGUUACAUAGUAAUUAUGAUGACAUACCAAUUUUGUUGUAUUAAUGAGAUGCAUGAUAAAAUGAACAUGUAUUGUUUUUAGGUAGACAAACGAAAGGAAAAACGAGAACUUUACAUUGCAUACCAUAGAGACAAUAUUACUAUGCGCGAUUGUAGCAUUUAUAAUCAAAGUAGAACAAAAAACAUAAUAGAUAUAUAGAAUUGAGAAAAAAGACGUAUAAAAUAGCAAAAUAACA